CCAUUGAUGUGGCCCGUCUCGGGUUCCCCAUCCAGGAAGACGGCAGGGACCAGCGCAGCUGAGUUUGCUGGUAAUGGCUUUCAUACUUCGCUGACAAGUCAUUGUUUGGCCGCCUCUGACUCUCUUCCACCCUUCACAUGGUUGGGCGAAAAGAGCCCUUCGAGGAAGUCGGUCGACUGGCAUACGCAUCAUGUGGCCGAACCAGCGCAACCUAUGCAGUGUGAUCAGUUCACCUACCGAGGCUGUAACACCCUUUCGGUGCCUAACUGUCAUGCUACCCAAAAGAAGCACGAGGGCUGGGAUACUGCCAGGUUGCCCAAGCCUACACAGGGGAAGUCGAGAGGCACUGGUCCUGUUUGA